GACUAGACGCGAGAUGACCCCUCAAGAACUGUAGAACUAUGCUGGAUGCAAGUAAUUCUGCAGUAUUUUUACGAGAUGCUAAACUUUGAAAUGCUAACUUCACACACGUUAUACUUUCAUUUUAAAUACAAACAUUUUCGAGAGUUUCAAGCAACACGAACGAACCAACGACCAAUUAAUUAAUCGAUUGUUUAAGAAAAAUCGAUCGCAUCAUAUGACUCGAUAAUGUGACAGACACAUAUAAUCGCGUGUACCGAUCGCGGCGGGUUGCUGAAAGAUCCGAAAAGAAAAUUUCAGAUUUAAUCCGGAAGCGCGUACAUCAAAAUGCGCGCAAAAUACCUUUGAUGUCACACGUCGAGGACGCAGAGCCUAAAAAUGGCAAUGGACACACGAAUGAAAGAGUGACGAACGAACACGAUAAAUCCGCCGUGCAAGUAAGCCCAGAAAGUUCCAUCAACGAAGAGAAUCAGGCGCCCAAGACGAGCCAAAUAUUGGACAACGCAAAAUCCGAUCCAAAAAUAGAGAAAAAUGACGACAAAGGUGCCGAUACAAAAUUGCAGGAAAAGGAUGACACGUGUGUUGCCUCCGGCGAUAUUUGUAGAAUCUGUCAUAUGGGCGGACAUGCGCCAAUCGCGGACAACCAUCAAUCGUGCGACUCGGAAGAUCAGACGGACGAUCAGACAUCGACACCGUCGAACUUGGUCUAUCUCGGUCCUUUGAUCUCGGCUUGCAAAUGUCGGGGUACGGUGGCUCUCGUACACGCCGAGUGCCUCGAAAGAUGGUUAACAGAGUCCGGUCGCGUGAGAUGCGAACUAUGCGGCUACAAGUACGCGAUCAAAAGGGUACGGCGUUACAGCCUCUUCCGUAGUGUCGUGAUAUGGUUUCGCACUGUAAUAGCUACACGGCAGAUGGUACUCGACGUCGGAUAUUUGGUGAUGACCACGCCUGUGGCUGCGUUUUCCUGCUAUGUGUGCGCCUUGGCCUUGAAAAUGUUACUGCGAAACGGCUUUUACGAGAUACCCUGGAUGAUAGUCGCCAUGCUACCAACCUGUUUAUUGACGCUGAUAGCCUACUGGCGAUGGAUAAUUACGUUAGGGAGAUUGCACGGUCAUCGAUGGAGACGCUACUGGAGAAAUAACUAUGUGGUUCGCUUGAGUCCCGAUAACGACGUCGAGGACAACGUCGAUCUACGAAGAUCGAACGAUCAUUUCGACAUGCAAGAUGACUUCGAGCAAUGGAGGAUCGAGGAGAUCGAAGAGUUUGCAUGACUUUCAAUCGUGUCGAUCGCAAGCCAGGAAUAACCUUUCAAUUACGACAAUCGUUUGCCAUUUUUUACAAGCAUUCCCGUCUCUCAUUGUCGGAAUACAGCUGCACUAUAUUUAAUUGCAUUUUAUUAACUGGACACAUCAAUUGAAACUCGUUGCUGCGUAACGAAGACGAUUCGCCGCAUCAGAGUUAAAUUAAGAUACCCGUGGUCCAAUUCGGAAUGCUUCCGGAAAUACAUGUGUGCUCGAAUUUUGUAGCUAUUUAAAUACUUUGUACUUUUUUAUUAUUUUAGUGCUUGAUUAAAAUAAUUUAAAAAUCAUCACGCCUUGACAUUUUUAUUAAAACGUUUGAUAGCAUCUUUUCAUUUUGUCCGUUCUUGCAAACGUUAAAAAAAAA